GUUCAACUUCUACGACUAUUCCUGCUCGUCUCUGGGUGUAGUGAUCUGGUGGAUAUUAGAAGCUCUACACGUCAUUCGUCGCGCUUUCCACUGUCUCUUCACAUCAUCACAAAUGAUUGUCCAGCCAAAUAUGUCACUAUCCACGUGACCUCAUAAAACACAGCGCGCGUCUGAAUUGACUUUGCUUAGCACCGCGUCCAUGUCACAACCAAUCGUGCUUUGGAACGCACAACGGCACACAAAUCAUGUUUUCGACGACGCAGGCAUCUCAAUUGCCAAGACAAUACUGGCACCGCCAGCCCCACCGGCCCCCUAUGACCCCGAGCCGCCAAACAAUUUGAGGACUGUCCCACCCCUCGCGUACUUCUGCAUUCGCGCCCUCACCCCGUAUGCAGACCAGCUGCACAACCUUCAGCAUCAAAUACCUUACCGUCGAGAUGUUGUCCGUGCCUUGAUCCCAUCAAAAGUCGUCCCUCGUGAUCCCCUUGUUACCCGGAAGCAAGAUUCGCAGAGUAAAAAUGACUCUGACGCACAGUACAGCGGGUUUGACGUCCAGAGCGCUGACCCUAGGCUUUUGGCAACACUUGCGCAGGUUAUGCAUCCGCUUCCUGCAGAGUUCAGGGACUAUGAAAUACCACUCAGCGAUGGACACCUACCGUUGCUUCAACAGGUACCCAGCAGGGAGAACUUCUCCUUCGUGACUCUACUGGCCUUACCGGGAUGCAAGGAAGUGUCCGACGAGACUAUUGGUGUAAUCCGGCGCUUGAACACGCUCGCUGCACUGGAUCUGAGAGGGACAUCCAUAGGGUCCUACGGCCUUACCGUGCUUGCUCGCGGCUUGUCAUGGAGCGACGACGAACUACAAUCGAGAACUGGUUGCUGGGGACUCAGAAUUCUUCGCUUGCAUAGCUGCACUAAUAUAGGCAACGAAGCUCUCCCUAUAUUAUCCAAGUUCUCCUUGCUAUCAUCUAUAGACCUCCGCUUCACUCGCUGCACGCGGUAUGCUGUCUUAAAACAUCUUGCUGGCUUCGUACCCUCCUCAAAUCGUAGCUUGUUUCAUCCCGCUCCACUCGAUGUUUCGCUGAGUGCGCUCGAGCACCUUUCCCCCCUUUCAAUUUACUCGUGCCCAAUCACCUCCUUAUUCAAGCUGCACGUCUCAGAGCUCAACCAUCGCACAUCCUCGCACGAGCAGAAACACCACCCGUCCAUCCUCCGAAACUUGCAGCAUGAAGAACCGAUAAGCCUAAUCGAUUCGGAUUCGGAUGAAGAAUACAGUGGGCCAAUACCAAAACCUGUCUUGCAGAAUGUGCAGUCAAGCACGACGUCUACUAUCUACGCAUCACGCCUGCCUCGUAGAGAACACCAGAUACGGGCGGCAGUCGUCGACUCAAACGGAACCGACAAAGAUCAGCUUCACCCAUUGGCUUUAGCACGUCCUCCGCCCCCAUGGAGUGUACUAGAUACGCUUCGACCGCCAGGACGACCACACCAAUUGUAUGAUCCACAGGAAGAGCCGCCACCACCGAGGCUCGCAUCUAUGGACCAUGCGCGUCUCACCAAGCGUAACGUGUCAAGUAUGCAAGAUAUGGUCACGUCCCUGACUGUCAAGAAUAAAAGGCGGAAAGUGGAAAGCGAAUUCACGAGCACGAGUGCGCGCCCAUCGUCCGUUCCGAAGUCGAGGAAUCCUUUCUUAAAAUCUCGUGCCUCGACAUCGAAAUUGAAUGGAACGGGCGGCAUGGUGCGAUCCGUGUUCGCUGAGCAGAGAGAUGCUGCUACUCCACCAACAACUGCUAGACAAGGAAAGAGUAACGCAGCUCCAUGGCCCAAGUUUUGCGAUGCGGGACCCUUGAAGACAGCUACACCACCGAUCAAAUCAACCUCCAACUUAAACAAUACCGCUUCACAAUCGUCGUCCAAAUUCCCGUCCUCAAGCAACUCACGUCCUCCUGACAUCUCGAAACCUGUCGAAAAGACUGCGAAGCCUCCCGCUAAAAUCAUGAGACCUAUCACGUGGUAUCCCGUUCCGCCGUGUCCGCCAGAGCAUUUCUUGCUUGUGCCACAGCUACCAAGGAAGAGGCCCAUGGUGGCUACUCGGAUUGUACCUGAAUUUCCCAAAUCAACAGUGGAUGUAGACGGGAGCGACGAUAUUAUUGAAGUCGAGGGGAUUGGAUCUAUUAGGGAAGAUGACACCAAGAAGGACAAUAAUACCAAGGGGGAUGAGAGGCCUCUGAAGAAGGCUGGGAUGGCCCGUGGUGGUACUAAUACGGGGAAAAAAAGCAAGGGGAAGGGGAAGAGGAAGGAAACUGAAUUUGACUGGGAUAAGUGGAGACGGGUUACUAUGUGAUGUAUGUAGUUGUCCUAAUACCUUUAUUUGUAUGUAUACUUUACUCCAACUUGUGCUUCGACGUUGC